GAAUGAGGCAAGAUAGUGAUGUGGUGGAUGACACAGGUAGAAUGUGGAUCUAAGUGUGUUAGUGAUGGACGUGGAAUGAGGAGGAUAAGGGAGGGGGUGGAGUGGCAAAUACAUUCCCAUCUUGCCCCUCAGAUUCCAGUCCCUAAAACCUUACCCCACUCCCUCAGGCUUCACGUAGUCCAACACACGCACACACUCCACUGAAAGUGAUUUGCUGGGUCUCAACAAGCCUCUGUUCCCCUCUUAAGAAUGUUAGGGAGCAGAGGCACGAUGGUGGAGAUUAACUGUCGCCUCACUCAUCUGGAAAUCUUCGAGGAAGAUUUGAAUGUACCUUUGGAAGUGGCCGCCAAGCAGAAGCAGACUCUGCGGAGGAAUCUGGAGAGGGCGUCUGCACCUUUUGUGGUUGGCUCAAUUAACCAGGUGAACGAGAAGCUGCAGCAUUUGAGUGGAACGUUCCUGGCACACCCUGCCGCUCUGUUGGUUGAGACUCGAGGCAGAGAUGGUGCACUUCCACCCAGGAUACAGGCAGAAAAAACUGUGCAGGAUUUUCUUGGGAUUCAAGAAGAGAAAAAGACAAAGAGCAAGCAUUCAGAUGAGGAGCCCAAAUUGCUGGAACUUCAACAUUACCCGGGGUUCAGCGCAUUGCAGCCCACCCCUCUGCCCAAUGAGACUUCACUGGACCAGAUCCUGGAUAAUGUGCUAAAAGCUCGUGGUCAUUUGAAGAAACAGACCGGCUAUAUUGCUGACUUUCAGCAGAUGCUCAGCUCCCCAGUGGUGCAGGACAUCCUUCUAGACAGCUUCUGGUGGUUUUUCCUGCAUGAGCAGAAGACGCACAGUUCUGUGCAGUGCCGACUGUUUGAUCGGAUAUCCAAGAAUUACGUGCAGCUGAUCAUGGAAGGCUGGAGCUGGUCCUUCGGUGACCGUUUCCUUCAGGAGUUUUCCAGCACUCUCAGUCAAGCUGUGUACACCAGUUUCUGCUGCAGUUUCCCCCAGUCCUGGAUUCAGUUCCACAACAAUGAUUUCAAAGCUAAAGUGUGCGACAUUGUCUACCGUUGGUUUGGAGGCAUUCGUCCAGCUCCAAAAAUAUUUAAGAACUGGAACUGUGAUGCUUUACUGUCGCAGGAAGUUAAAGACGCAAUGUCACGCACAGCGCACGAUGGAGAGCAAAAUAAGAAAGGGAUAAAAAAAUUCCUUUUCAACUUAAAUCAAUCCUCCGGACCAAGCCCACUCACAGCAACCUCAAAAUCUAAGAGGGCCGCAUCCAUGUCAAGAAGCAACAAGCCUUCUACAGAAAGGAAAGAAAACACCUUAUCAAGACUGCCACCAGAUUCACCAUCCAAACUGAAGAGUUCAGAAAGCCAACAGGAAUCCAUUACAGAUCUGCUGGAAACCGAGACCUGCCAAAAGGACGAAGAGCCAGCCAGGUCCCCUGACUCUGAGCCAUCGGUAAGCAGAGUGAUUGUGAGAAACUCCGGAAUCAGCCACAUCCCCCUUCAGAAAGAGCCUCCGGUAGCCAGACAAGGGCCAAACUUCGUUAGGAAUUUAUUCAAUUUGUAUGGCCUCAGUCCUCUCGUUCUGAACUUCCUUCAAUGUCUGAAUCUGGAACCAAGAGCUGGAGAAAACAUCUUUGUGACAAGAACCGAGAUCCAGCGUCUUCUGCCAGAUGAUGCUCCCACGUAUCGUGAUGCGAUUGAAGCGGGAUAUCAGAACUUGCUGAAGCUGAAGGAGAAGAAGAAGAAACUGCUGCGGCAACACAGAAAGAAACAACAUCUGGGACAGACAAAAUAAACACCAGGGCAGGCUCCUGUUCCACCAGGUUGUUGAAAUCUGAGUGAUACCUUUCCUUCACACUGUUCCCUCUGAACCUCGUUGGAACCAGGAGCCACACAGGUGCAGAAAUGGCACCAGGCAUGGAUGAUGACGGACAUGAAAGUUGAAGAAGCUUCCUGCGGCCCGCUGUUGCCCACUGUGUACUUUUGGUGAUUCAUAAUUAAACAAUUUAGUGAUGACCUGCU